GUGGGAUCUGCCGCUGCACCCUCAUCCCGGAGAGCGCCCGGAGAGCACUUUUCCUCUUACUUCAGGAGUGUUUGUGGAUUUACAUGCCAAGCCUUCAAGAUGAUGUCCAUGAACAGCAAACAGCCGCAUUUUGCCAUGCAUCCCACCCUACCUGAACACAAGUACCCCUCGCUGCACUCCAGCUCGGAAGCAAUAAGAAGAGCCUGUCUACCAACUCCACCGUUGCAGAGCAAUAUCUUCGCCAGCCUAGAUGAGACCCUGCUGGCCCGGGCCGAGGCUCUGGCGGCCGUCGACAUCGCCGUGUCCCAGGGCAAGAGCCACCCCUUCAAGCCGGACGCCACCUACCACACCAUGAACAGCGUGCCGUGCACCUCCACCUCCACCGUGCCGCUGGCGCACCACCACCACCACCACCACCAUCACCACCAGGCGCUGGAGCCCGGAGACCUGCUGGACCACAUCACCUCCCCGUCGCUGGCGCUCAUGGCCGGCGGCGGGGGCCACGAAGGGGCCGGCGGGGGCGGAGGCGGCGGCGGCGGAGGAGGAGGCGGCGGAGGCGGCGGCGGCGGGGGGGGCUUGAUCUCCACCUCGGCCCAUCCCCACUCGCACAUGCACGGCCUGGGCCACCUGUCGCACCCGGCCGCCAUGAACAUGCCCUCGGGCCUGCCCCACCCGGGGCUGGUGGCCGCUCACCACGGCGCGGCGGGGCAAGUGGCCUCGGCGGUGGUGGGGGCGGCCGGCCUGGCCUCCAUCUGCGACUCGGACACGGACCCCCGGGAGCUGGAGGCCUUCGCCGAGCGCUUCAAGCAGCGGCGGAUCAAGCUGGGCGUGACCCAGGCCGACGUGGGCUCGGCCCUGGCCAACCUGAAGAUCCCCGGCGUGGGCUCGCUGAGCCAGAGCACCAUCUGCCGCUUCGAGUCGCUCACCCUGUCCCACAACAACAUGAUCGCGCUCAAGCCCAUCCUGCAGGCCUGGCUGGAGGAGGCCGAGGGCGCCCAGCGCGAGAAAAUGAACAAGCCCGAGCUCUUCAACGGGGGCGAGAAGAAGCGCAAGCGGACUUCCAUCGCCGCCCCGGAGAAGCGCUCCCUGGAGGCGUACUUCGCCGUGCAGCCCCGGCCCUCCUCCGAGAAGAUCGCCGCCAUCGCCGAGAAAUUGGACCUGAAAAAGAACGUGGUGCGGGUUUGGUUUUGCAACCAGAGACAGAAGCAAAAAAGGAUGAAAUUUUCCGCCACCUACUAA